AUGGCAGAGGUCGCAAGGCCAAAGAACGAACAAGGCCUUUCCAAAGAAGAUCCGCCAGCAUCAGUGCCUCGAAUUCCAAUAUUGUCGAAUGUAUCUUUCCACAAGGCCUUGCAGCUGAUCAUACUUGCCGCAGUCUACUCGCCAGUAUCAUGGCUAUCUUUGACUGCAGUCUAUGGCUCUGUACCGUCUGCCCUUUACCACAAUCUGGGCAAGUAUCUCAGCUCCUUGAUCGGGUUUCUUGGUUGGAAGCAGCUACGAAAGAUCCUGCCUCCUGAUAUUGCUAGAUGGUUGCCAGCUUUUGCAUUCUGGAUACCCACUCUUCAGUUUUCACUAUUCAAGUACAGUUCGGCUCUUGGCCCACUUUAUGGACCAGUCAUCACGGAGCUUCUUACCUAUUAUCCAUUGACCUUACUUUCACUCUUUGCAGCCGGCACCUUUCUUGAUGAAGUCGACUUCUCGGGCUUAGGGAGCACCGUUGCUGAACAGGGUCCCUCUGUUGGUACUUACUUCGUAUUCACAACCAUUGAGAAGAUUGCAAAGAGCAUCCUUUUCCGGAAUAUGGGAUCGAAUAUCGUCAUGUCGAGAAUAGGCUUGCAAGUUAUAAUAGCUAUCAUGUAUGCGCUUGCUAUUCCGAAAGCUGUAUUAUGGCCAAUCAUCCCAUCAAUAGCGUUCACGAUGACUUACAACGUUCAUAACCCACUACAGCGGACCACAAACGUGCUCAAUUCGACGCUCCAACUCCACAACUUCACCCUCAUCGACCGUCAAGAAUCCAUCACUGGGUAUAUCUCAGUGCUUGACAACUCUGCAGCUCACUACCGAGUGAUGAGGUGCGACCACAGUCUCCUUGGCGGAGAAUGGAAGAUUCCACUACGUAAGGGAUCAAAGCCCGCAAGAGCACAAGAACCCAUUUAUGCAAUCUUUACAAUGCUGGAAGCUGUUCGGUUGGUGGAGACAAACAAUGGCCAACCACGUCGUCCAGACCCAGAGAGCACAGCACUAAAUAUCGGCCUGGGGAUUGGAACUGCUCCAGGAGCAUUGAUUGCCCAUGGCAUCAAUACAACCAUUGUCGAGCUUGACCCGGUCGUCUACGACUUUGCGGUCAAAUACUUCGGCCUACCAAGCAAUCAUACCCCUAUAAUCGGUGAUGCUGUGCAUCUUGUGCAGGACGCGCAAGCGAGAAAUAUAACCACGAAAUACGACUAUAUCAUUCACGACGUCUUCACUGGCGGCGCUGAACCAGUUGAUCUAUUCACUCAGGAGUUUCUCUCUGGGUUGAAGUAUCUUUUGAAAGAAGAUGGUGUUAUCGCUAUUAACUACGCAGGCGACCUCUCCCUCCCCUCCGCCUCUCACGUAAUCCGCACAAUCUUCUCCGUCUUUCGCGUCUGCCGCAUCUUCCGCGAAGCAUUACCCGAAGAAGCACCGUCAGAAAAGACCGAGGACUUCACCAACAUGGUCAUUUUCUGCACACACCCCUCCUCCGAAAACAAACCCCUGACCUUCCGUCAACCCAUCCUAGCUGACUUCCUCGAAUCUGGUGCCCGUCAGCAAUCCCUCUUUCCGAGGCCAGAGCUGGAAAUCAAGAAGGAGGUCUUUGAAUUGGAGGGCCCGGUGCUGAAGAGGGGUCAGACGAGGCAGCUGGAGAGGUGGCAUCGCAGGAGUGCGGUGGGGCAUUGGAGGAUCAUGAGGACGGUGCUGCCGGAUGUGGUUUGGGAGAAUUGGUGA